AUGAGUGGGCCGCGCCCCUCUGUUCGCGCAUUUCUUUGCGAUCUACCGUGUCUACCGGCGGAUUCCAAAAUUCGAUUUUUGGGCUGCGUGAGGCAAUACAACGUCAAUAUUGGUCAUCUUGUUCUAGAACACCAUUAUCCGCGCAACAGAAAAGAGUCCAGCGUAGUGUCCGUGGAUAUCAAUGCUGUUCUUGAAGACCUGACAUCUGAGGAGCUACGGGUAGGCUCUUGGUUGAAUGUAUUGGGUUAUGUGCGCGAUACAACACCACAACCUGCGUCCAGUUCAAGUCAAGAGGGCUCUCAGCAGUCAAAUGAGACCCCACCGGCUAGACUUCCCCCACGCCCGGUCUCCAUUGAAGCAGUGAUGGUCUUCCCUGCGGGUGCUAUUGCCCUGGGAGAAUAUGAACGAAUCUUACGCAAUGCGCAAGAUGUGGAACGCCGAGUUCACAACCAACCAUGA